GGCAACUGUAAUCUCGUGCCUCCCUAUAAAAUCUCCCUCACCUGACAGAAGCAUCCUUAAAUCUCUCCUCCUCCUCCUCUUCCUCAGUUUUUUCGAACUUCCAAACCCUCCGCCCGCAGCCACCCGCCCCCCCACGAGAGGCGGCCGCCAUGUCGAGGCCUAGCGCGCCGCCCCCGAGGCUGGGGCCGCAGCGGCCGCUCCACAAGCAGCACUCGUGGUCCCCGGACGUGCUCCGCGAGGAGGCGUGGCAGAGGCGGAAGGGGAGCUUCAAGGGCCGGCGCCGCGCGAGCGUGACGGACGACGACCUCGACGAGCUGAAGGGCUGCAUCGAGCUGGGCUUCGGGUUCGACUCGCCCGACGUGGAUCCGAAGCUCUCCGACACCUUCCCGGCCCUGGAGCUCUACCGCGCUGUCAACAAGCGGUACCACAGGAGCCUCUCGAGGUCGUCGUCGGUCGAGUCGUCCCUGUCGCUGUCCUCCUUGGUCUCGGACAACGACGCCGAGAGCUCCGGCUCCAUAUACGACCCAGGUGACGAUCCUGAGACGGUGAAAACGAGGCUAAGGCAAUGGGCGCAGAUCGUGGCGUGUUCGGUGCGGCAAUCUUCGUCUCCUUCCUCACAGUGAUCGGCCUCGGCGAUUACCCAAAAAACCAAAGUGGCUGUGUACAGAAUUGAUUAUAUACAGUAGUUGAUAGGUUCGAUCUGAUUUUUCUCAGUCAA